CCAACGCAAUAAGAUGAAACUUUUCUUAAACGGAAUUUUACUGGUACUGCUGGCGAUGCUGCUGUUGCCCCAGACUGAGGCAGGAAUGGCAAGCGGCUACUUUGCAGAUCCCGCGCAUCCAGGCAAAUGUGUUAUCAAGCCAAAUCUAAUCUUAAAUCCCGGCCAAAUAGGAAAAUACCCAGAUAUGGAUUGUGCUCGCAUCAUUUGCGGAGAAAACAGCCUUGGACAAAUACACACAUGUGGUGCUGUUGGUGCUCCACCGAAUUGCGAAGUGGAGCCGAUGUUUCCCAAUGCCGACUAUCCUAAAUGCUGCGAAGUGAAAAUGAAUUGUAACUGACUCAAAAUAUAACAUUUAUACAAUUCAUAAUCCAUAUGAAAACAUAUUAAGAUAAUGACAUGCAAAUUAAUUUUUAACACUACUUAACAACAAAUUAUUAUUGGUUUACAUAUAUCCAAGAAUAUAGAAUAACACAUAUAAUGUUCUAUAUAUUGAAAAUGAAUUACAACUAACUCAAAAUACAACAUUCAAACAGUUGAUAUAUAAACGGGAAAAUAUACGGUAAAUUAACCCAUAAAAAACAUAUUAAGCAAAUGACAUGUAAAUUUAUAUUUAAUACAAUUUAAUAAUUAA